GGAAUUUGAGUUACGAAAAUGAAAUGUCGGAGAUUUACCAAUUGUAAUGGUGAAAAACAAUUGUUGUGAAGUAAUGUACUAAUUACAGUUACAAUAUUAAAAUAUGUAUUUAUGUAUACUUUUCUAAAGAGAAGUCUGCAAGAAUGUUUUCCGUAGGUAGGCUCCGUGUUCUUCACAAAUGUCUCAAGAUAUUGAGGUUAUCUUGUAAAGAUUAUAGUAGCCUCCCAGACUUGAAAAAUUUGAAUGUCGUUAGGACGGUGGAAAAGGUUAUUGAUACGAAUACAAGUAUAUUUAUUGAUAGUCCAAUACACGUCAGAGUUCUUCCUAUAGAUGUCAACGACUUAAAAGCUCACAAUAAGUUAACUAUGACUUUGUAUAGUAAGGGUCAGGAUACUAAUGAUUUUCAAGUUAAGCAAACUUCGAAAAGGCUAGAGCUACUUAAUAAAAACAAGACACCUGACCGAAAUGAUGUUUGCCUUGUGCAUGUUCCUUAUAAGCUGAAAGUUCAAGUAUCAACAAGUGAAGAAGCCUCUGUUCAUUUAAGUAAAUUAGAGGCUGAAGAAUUUAUUGUGAAGACACAGAAAGGUACAAUUAACAUUGCAGAUUUGAAGGCAGACAAUAUAAAAGUUGAAAGUGCAUCUGGUAAUAUUGAAGCAGAAGGAAGAUUACAAUCUUCAAAUAUUGAAAUGACCUCAGGAUUGAAUGGAUCAAUUAAAUGUAAUAGUAUAAUGGCUAAUGCUUUUCAUGUUACAACACAUGCUGGUCCAAUAUUUGUUAAUUCAUGUUACAGUGACAAUUCCCACUUCAUAACUCUAAUGGGAAAUAUAACUUUGAAACAUUUGCAUAGAACAGUCAAGAUAGAAAUUAUACAAAAGGGAAAUCUACAUAUACAAGGAUUUUCUGGUAAUCUUGAAGCUACCCUUAAGAGUGGUGAUGUUUUCAUGCAUGCUACAGAGUUUACUCGCAAAAGUAGUAUAUUCAUUCACGAGAAAGGAAAAGUUGAACUAUUAGUACAUGAAAUUGAGAAAAAUUUGCCAAAAACCAAUCUAAUUGCAGAUAAAAUAAAAGUUGAUGAAAAGAUAUUAAAGAAAGGAAGAUUUAUGGAUGACUCUCAUCCCAUGAGAUUUAGAUAUGAAAAGGAUCGCAAAAAUGAGCUUCAUAUAGUGUGCAAGAAUGGCUCAAUAGAUCUAAAAGAAACAGACUUACCAUUCAUUGUAUAACUGCAUUUUUCUCUGUAUUAAUUGUACAUUUUUAUUUAUUUUUAGUGUAAUGUAUACAAUUUAUUGAUUAAAUAUGUAUAUAAUUUGCAUGAAAUUUUCAUUGUAAAAUGCAGCCAAUUUUUGCACAUAGACAUUUAUUCAUAACAAGUGGUAACUACUGUAAGAGUCUACUACUAUUUUAUAUUUUUUAAUACUGCAUUUCUUUAGAUAUUAGUAACAUUGUCUUCCAUGAAGAUUUUGACAUAGGCAGAUUGAUGGCUGUGUUAUUCUUGCAUAUUAUUUCAAUUUGUAACUAGCUUCACUAUAUUACUGGUAGCAAAAUAAGUUGAGUAGUUCAUGAUAAAAUUAUUACUGGUUGUAGUAGGUGUAUUAAGUAGAACCUAUUUUACAAAAUAAAAAUUAUAUACUACCUGUUGA